UCUUAGUGACCGAGUCUGGUCAAUUUAUUUUAGUUUCCGGUCCCAUAUAGGAAUUGAAUAUAUCGUAAUGCACACUAGUGGGUGAAGCAACAGCAUCAUCGCUUCCAUAUUAUUGCAUCUUCCGACUCCCUCGAUUCACCAGUCAACGGCUUCAUUUCUUCGCUGCACCAUUAGGCUCCGUUCUACUUCUACCUAAUAACAGUUUGAAGGGUGUAGUUGUUUAAUUUGAAAUGGACUCUGAAGCCAGUAUGUUCGAUCACAUUGAGCUCAUGCUACUUGAUGAAAGUGUGGAGCCGUCAGACAUGCCAUUAUCAUUUUUAACAGCAAUCACCAAUAAUUUCUCAGAGGAUCAGACAAUUGGCCGUGGUGGGUUUGCUGUGGUUUACAAGGGACUGCUGCGAAAUGGACUAUCCGUUGCGGUAAAGAAGUUCUAUGAUACCAUUGAACUAUCUGAUGAAAUGUACCGUAAAGAGGUUCAAUCCAUGAUGAGGUUGAAACAUGCAAAUAUAGUACGUUUUUUUGGAUACUGUGCUGACACACAGUGGAAAAUGUUCAAACACGAUGGAAGACAUGUGAUUGCAGAAGCACGCCAACGAUUGCUUUGCUUUGAAUUUGUGCCUAAUGGAAGUCUUGAUAAAUAUAUAUCUGAUAUGUUUCAUGGCCUCGAAUGGAGAAAGCGCUAUCAGAUAAUCAGGGGAAUUUGUGAGGGCUUGCGUUAUCUUCAUGAUGAGAAUGUUCUUCACUUAGAUCUUAAGCCUUCAAAUAUACUGCUUGAUCAUAAUCUUGUUCCUAAAAUUACUGAUUUUGGUCUCUCAAGAUGCUUUGAUGAUAAUAAAACUCGAACCGUUACAGCAAAUCUGAUUGGAUCGGUGGGAUACCUGGCACCAGAAUUUUUUAGUGGAUUGAUCUCUUUCAAGUCAGAUGUAUAUAGCCUUGGUGUUAUAAUCAUGGAGGUGGUGACAGGAAUAAAAGGAUACUGCGAAAUUGAAGAUGUACUUGAAAGCUGGAGAAAAAGAUUGAAAAUGCCAAUGGGAGAUGCACUGGAACAAAUAAGGGUCUGCGUUGAGAUUGGCACCAUGUGCAUUGAGAGUAACCCAUUGAAUCGUCCAGAUCUCAGGCAUAUAAUCGAGCUGUUUGAUGAAAUGGAAAACAUGCGGCUGGUUACAAAAACUACAAGUUCAUUAGGAACCCAGGGAAGUGAUGAACAUGAUUCAGAAGAAACGAUUGCUUCAGCUAUCACUGAUGAAAAGAGAGAGAAACUUUCAGUACUAAGUACGUUGCCUAAGUAUUUACCAUUUGCAUUCCUCGAGGAUAUCACAGAUGGUUUUUCUAAAGAACGGCAGCUUGGCAGAGGUGGGUUCGGAGUGGUUUAUAAGGGAAUCCUUAGUGAUGGAUAUACCAUUGCUGUCCGCAGACUCCUUAGAUUCCAGGGAAUUGAGAUGAAACAAUUCGACAAUGAGGUUAAUAUACUCAUGGAGCUUAGACACAAAAAUAUUGUCAAUCUCCUGGGAUACUGCCACGAGGUUAGGGGUACGUACGUACAGUACAAAGGAAAACCUGUAUUCGCAGAAACCUCCGAACAGUUGCUCUGCUACGAGUAUCUGCACUGUGGAAGCAUCGACAAGUACAUUUUUGGAAAAAACCAUGAACUAGAUUGGCACACGCGUUACAAAAUGAUUAAAGGGAUCUGUGAGGGUUUACAUUACCUCCACGAGAAUGACAGAGCUCCAAUUAUUCAUUUGAACUUGAAGCCAGCAAAUGUUUUGCUAGACGCAGCCAUGGAACCUAGGAUCACAGAUUUUGGUUUAUCAAGGCUUAUUGGUGAAGGGAAUACUAGAAUAGUCAACACACACACUCCUGGACCAAUAGGGUACAUGGCACCUGAAUACCGUUACAUGGGGGAAGUUUCACGCAAGGUAGACAUAUUCAGCUUGGGUAUUCUUAUACUAGAGAUUGUAACUGGUCAAGACAAUAGUACCAAAGUUGACUUUAUCGAUCAUGUAUGUGAACACUGCAUGGAAGGGCCACAAAUAAAAUUUAUGUAUCCCUCUCUGGAACCUGAAUUACAUGAUCAGGUAGAACUGUGCAUCAAAAUUGGCCUAGAGUGUGUCCAGACAGAUCGAAAAAAAAGACCUACUGCAGGGGACAUUAUACGUAAGCUCGAGGAAGGAACCAAAUUGGGCCCUACACCAUCCCGUGAAAAUAUUACUACAGAAAUUGGUAAGCCACAGAUGUUUUCGUUUGAACUCCUGAAUGACAUCACAGAAAGCUUCAGUCCGGGACGCCUGCGUGGGACAGGUGGAUUUGGAUAUGUUUAUGAGGGGAUACCACAUGGUAACGAGGGAGCGAUGGCCGUGAAGAGGCUUAAAGAAAAAAUAGGUAUAUCACCGAAACAGUUUGAGAAUGAGGUUCAUAAUCUGAGCAGAAUCGAGCACAGGAAUAUUGUACGGCUUAUAGGCUACUGCGAUGAAAUACGGGAAAUACUAUCUCAUGGUAAAAACAAGAAUGAUCCACCUAUUCGCGAACAUAUUCAAGAAAGGUUAUUGUGUUACGAGUAUAUGCCUAAGGGAAGCCUUGACAAGAUAAUUUAUGAUAACCUCGAUUGGCAUACGCGAUAUAAAAUAAUAGAAGGUAUUUGCCAUGGCUUACAUUGUCUUCACGAGGGUCAACAGGAUAUUCAGAUUGCGCAUUUGGACUUAAAACCAGCAAAUAUAUUACUUGACAGUGACAUGGUUCCUAAACUUGCUGAUUUUGGUAUGUCAAGGCUCUUCAGUCUCGAACAAGUUUAUAUCCUUGCUUCCAAGCCUAUGGGAACAAUUGGCUACAUAGCACCGGAAUACCUUGACCACAAAAAGGUAUCAACAAAGGCAGAUAUAUAUAGUUUCGGCAUUGUAGUACUGGAAAUCGUAACACGAAAACAGUGCCCACGCAGUUACGCAGACAUAAAUGCUCAGCAUUUUAUCCACCAUCUGCGUCAAAAUUUGACAAAAGAUAACUACGUCAAAUCCAUGUACCCGGCCCUUGAAGCGGACUGCCUUCAGCAAGUGAAACUGUGCAUAGAAAUUGGGCUGAACUGCGUGGAGAAGGAACCUACAAAGAGACCAACUGCCAGGGAAAUAAUCUCUAUGUUUAAUCAAAAAAAGGAUUCGAGCAGAUCUGGGGUAUCUAACUGCAUCGUUAAUGUGAUAGAGGCGUGGCUAUCAAGGCUUCCAUGGCAUCCUUGGCCUCUAACUUUGCUCCGUCAGACUUAAGCUUGAUGGCAACAGCGGUAUUUGAAAGAUUUGCAAGGGUGUCCGCUUGAGUUCCUGCGAUGCAGCGGAAGGAAGAAAAAAACUAGCAGAUUAAAAAUGAGAAUGGGGAUCUUGUAUAUCUAUUUAUGUUUUAUCCUUUUCAUAGAAAAAUUACAAGCUAUGAUUUUGAUGGUAUAGUGGCAAUAUUAUGUCAAUGUAACAUUCAAUGGGCAUCGAAUUAAAAUAUAAUCUAAGUAUUUUUUUUCCUAGCAUUGUAAGGCGUAGAAAUAUAUGUCAAUACUCCUUUCAUUUUAAA